UGCCGUAGAGUGAAACUUUUUAAAUUUUCUGCUUAAUAAAAUGUUUAAAACAAUAUUCUAAAUCACAUAGCAUCUUAUGUCCUAAAAGUUAGACCGAACUGAAUUUUACUUUAUGAAGUAAUAAACAAUGAUCUGUACAAUUUUGAAUUUUCUUGAAAAUAUACAGCUGAUGUAAUUCAACUGUUCACACUCGAUAAUCAGGUACGUUCUCAAAAUAUUGAAAGAUUGUGUUGAGGUAUAUCAGGAGAAAAGUUGACAUGGCUCUGUAUUGAAUGUCAUACUUCCAGCGAGAUCAAAUCUUUAAACUGACACUGGCCAACAAUUCCAUCCUUCUGAGCCUAGAUAAUUUCUUAUUAGAAAAAGAAAGUCGAUUAAUCAUAAGAAUAAUGAAGUUCUGUUCAUGUUUCGUACUGUAGGCUGUUCUUAGGUGAACCAAGCCAUGAUACGUGGGUUUCACCUCCUGUGGGUCAUGGUCCUCGCGACCUUCCUGUCGUACUCGCAGUGUAUAGAAAACGCCCAAACGAUGAAAGUGACUCGAAAAUCAAAUGUUACUGUUUUGCCAAGAAAUGAUACUGGGAGAGUAGUUGACGUAGGCAAUUUAUUAAGAUCAAAUGUGUCACAAGAGGGCACUGCAUAUUUGUUGGAACAAAUAAACGCUACAAGAAACAUAGACAAUUUCCAGCGACAACCUUUAAGAAGAUUUGAUGAUGUCCGAGACAGAUGGCUGGGAAAUGGCCCGAGACCUGAUGUGUUUAGGCCUCCAUUAAUACCACCCGGGAUCCCUCCUCCCCCUCCUCCUCCUCCUGUAGACUUUGAUAGAGAUGUUCAUCGUCCUGAAUUUACUGGGUUUGUUGUACCUAGGGACAUGGUUAGGGUGGAACACAUUACAGCAGACUGCCAAGAUAAUUACAUGAGGAUUACCAUCCGGUUUAACGGCAGCUUCACUGGUUUGAUCUACAGCACGGGCUAUGUACAUGAUCUGGACUGUAUCUAUGUUAAUGGCACAGGUCGAAGUCAGUAUGAAUUCUAUAUUCGUCAAAACAGAUGUGGAACGCAAGGAAGGCGUAAAGAAGACUUUGACCCCAGAACCCCGGUGGUGAGACCGCGACACAACGAAUACUUGCUAAAUACUGUUACCGUACAGUACAGCCCCAUCAUCGAAGAAGAAUGGGAUGAACAUUUCCGUGUUACCUGCGAGCACGGGCACGAUUUUUGGAAGACAGUCACUUUUCCAGUCAUCAACGUGGAGGUCAAUACGGGGAACCCCGUAGUUUUUUCAUUGAAGCCUCCCAAGUGUUACAUGGAGAUACUGCUAGGGUGGACAAUUUCUGGAAGACGAAUUUCAGGACCCGUGACCGUCGGUGACCCUUUAACGUUGGUCAUUUACAUGAAGAGUGAAAACAGUGGUUUUGACAUAGUAGUUAGCAAUUGCUUUGCUCAUAAUGGAGGACAAAAUAGGAUUCGUUUAGUGGGUAAAGACGGGUGUGUAGUUAAUGAAAAACUUCUUUCGCCAUUUCGUGGACAAACUAGUGGAGAUAGUGGAGAGGAAGUGACUUUGUUCGCUUACUUUAAAGCAUUUCGGUUUACCGGAAGUCCAGCACUUUACUUGGAAUGUGACAUACACAUGUGCCAUGGAACAUGUCCGCAUCAGCAAUGUUACUGGCGAUCAAGAAUAAGACGUUUUCUCGAGAAAAGAGAAUCAGAAAGCGGCAAUCCUGUAAUAUCAGAGAGUGUGAAUCUCUAUCAGACUCUUGAAGUGCGACAGGCAGAUGAAGCAGAUGCCUCAAAUAGGCAACCAAACAAAGGACGAUUACUCGAUGAGAAUGCUGUGUGUUUUAGAACUGCAGAAUUCGCAACAAUGAUAACCAUACUGUUGACCACUGUUAUACUAGCAGUUGGUAUCUCACUUACCAUGUGUUUCCGCAUGCGUAAGAUGUCCAAACACAACACGAAAGCUCCUCUGGGAGCGAAAGAUAAUUACGUUUCUAAAUCUAAAACUUCAUUUUAACAGUUCAAUGGAUAAGUGUUUAAUUGAUUCUGGUUCGUAAGGAGUUCACUAUACGAGUCUCAGAGUUCUCCUUAAUUAAGACUAUCUGAAAGUCUGAUGGUUUAAUUCUUCAUUAACGCUAUAUUGGUAAAGGUUUAAUAAUUUAAUUAAUAUCUGUAUAAUAACUUAUCAUUUAUAAAUAAAUUUUGAAGAACAAAACCAUAACAUGGACUUUUAUUAUAUCUUCAUAACUACGCAUGAUUAUUUUUAUGAAUAUCAGGCACAUUUGUUUUUUUAAUGCUUUGAUACUUUUCGAUAUUCAAGACAGUAACUUUAAUAUUUUAUUUUACGAAAGAGUAACCGUUGGUUGCUCCAUGUUUCAGAUUUAAUAAUGACAUGUAAAAUUAACUAAGGGGUAAUUUAUAAUACUUUCAUUGAAGUAAUAUACAAUAAUGACAACGAAAUAAAAGUAACAAAGUAAAACCAACAGAUACACAAUUUUCCAAAGUAUGUGUACCGAAACUUACAAACUUUGAUUAUGUUAAACUUCUAUUUAUUUCGAAUACUAUAAAUAGAAAAUUUAAAUGCGACAUUUUUUCAUUA